GGUCGUCUCGACAAUGGCGGCAAUUUUCACAAUCAAAACUUCACACUGGCCAUUAAACGCUGCCCGUCAUCUUUGAGGUCUGUGCAGUAACUCUGGCCAGUGGUUGAAAUGUUAGCCUAGUUACCGGUUGGAAAGUUGUGGUGAACAAGUUCGCGAGGUGCCCACCCUCUUUUUAUUAUGUCAAGCAUCUUUUUGAGACCCAAUCAUCAGCUGUUACUUGGUUGGUAUCCGCGACGUAUAAUCAUGGAUUAAACGGACACCCAGCGGGCUCUCCGCUCACAAUGGCCCGCCUGCUGGCCUGGCUGGCUUGCUGCGUGUGGCCACGGGAGCAGGCGCACAAUGGAGAAAACUGGAGAGACAAGACUUCAAGUCACCGGCAGUCAACUGUGAACAGGCGCCAGGAUCCUGGACAGCUGUCGGCUUCAGGUGUGCUGCCGAGGCCCAGUGCACCUCUCAACCAUCCUUCGGAGCCUAGCGCCUCAGCUGCGGCGCAGGCCUACGCCGAGGACACGGAGGCCCACAAGCAGCGGGCCUUGCGGGACCAGCUGCUGGUGGAGGCCACCACCAGCAUCAUCACCGUCUUCGACCUGGACGGCGGGGCGGUGCGGCACCAGAAUGCACUGAGCAAGGAAUUCUUCGGGGAGCGAUCACAGCAUGCACAGCACCAGCAGCAACAGCAACAGCAGCUGUGGGCCUCAGGCGCUGCCGGCGUGACGGACGCCUCGCUACCCCUGUUGUGUGACGUGGAGCCGGCCCUGCCCCCCCUGGAGUCCGGCCUGGCGCCGCUGCUGCUGCAGCUGUUUGCCUAUGAGCCGGAGAAACUGCAGGCAAUGUUAGAUCGACUGGCGGAGGGGCCCGGCCGCGUGUGGCGAGGCGUGCUUCGUGUACCAAGCGGCCUGGUUGCCGCCGAGGCGGCGCAGCAGCUGCUGCUGCCGGAAUACUGUGACCUGGCCGGCGGCUUGUCGGAGCUGAUGGCGGCAGCUGACAUAAUGGACCUGACGCUCGUGGAGGAGGAGGGCGAGGGGGAGCAGUCCCGGUCUGGGCCGGGACGGCGGGGGCCAUACGCGGGACAGCAGCAGCAACAGCAUGGGGAAGAGCUGGCGGCGGCAGUUGUCUCGGUUGCAGCAAUCGCGGCACCUGUGGACGCCACCCGCUGGCCGCAGCCCCCUGCCUGCGCGGUGGCCCCCGCCGUGUCGUGUCCGGAUAGAGGCAGCAGCGUGCAUGACGUGCAGCAGGCGGCGGGGCCGGCGGGGCCUGGGCCGGCGGCGCCUGAUGCGCAGGCCCAGCAGCAGCUGGGGUUGCCGGUUUCACAGCAGGUGGCCAGCGGCGGCGGGGGCGCAGGCGGCGCGGUCUCUGUGGCGUCCUGGUGGCGCAGGCGCAGUGACGACUGCAUUGCUGAAGGAGGACCGGGCGGAGGCAGUGGUGACGGCGGUGGCAGCAACUCCCGCUGGCGGUCGCAGGCGCAAGUAGUGGCGGCGGAAACGGUCAUGCAGCAGACCUCAGGCCCGCUGGUGCAGCCGCAGCAACAGCAGCCGCAGCUCGCGCCGCCGGCGUCUGUGUUCACGCAGUUGCAACAUUUGAAGCCACCCGCAGUAAACACCGCUGUAGCUGCAGUCAUCGCUAGCAAUGCCAGUCCCGCAGCAGGCGUGGGUGGUGGCGUGGCCCUGCGUGCGGCCGUCGACCAGCGUACACUCAGUCGGGAGCUCAGCCACAGCCAGAGCUACAGCUACAGCUACAGUCACAGUCGCAACGGGCUGCUAGCCAGCUACGACGAUUCCGCACCGCAGCAGCCGCUGCAGCACCGCAUGCCUUCCCGGGAGCUGCAGGGGUCCAUGCGGCGUGCAGCGCCCGGCGGGCCACACCAGCAGCCUCCUGCAGGGCGACCGGCGGCAACCCCGCCCGCCGGCAGCAGCCGGCCUAGCUUCAAAUCGUCUGCUGAUGCAAGCGGACGGCUACUGCCGCCGUCAGGCUCGGCUGUUGCAUGCGGCCUGCUGCUGCCGCUGCCCACCCAAAGCGACCACUCGGCCGUUGAAGUGUGCAGCGCGGCUCUGCUGGCGUCCGGUGUCCUGCCCGAGGGCCGGCCGCAAAUGGACAUGAUUGCAGAGCAGCAGGCGGCAGUACUGCUAGGCGCCACCCCUGGCCACCCAGAGCCUCUAGUCACGCUGACGCCCAUAGACAAUGACACGUCGGGCCACGGCGGCCCCUUGCAGGCAUCCCACCGCGCCAUCCAUUAUUCGCUGGAGCAGGAGUGGCCGUGGCCUCAACGGACGCCGGUGGUGGGGCACCGGCAGCAGCGGCAACAGCACACCGGGCCGGCUGCAGCACCGCCGGGCGCAGGUGCGCCGCCUCUCCGACCCGUGCGUACGACGGUGCUGCCGACGUUGCAUCCACACGCCGCUGCCGAUGGGAGCCCCGCCUCGUGCUUCACGACUCCACGGGACUGGCAGUGGCAGCAGGCGGGCAGCUACCCAGUCACCCCUGCUGGCGCGGUUGCUGGGGCACGACAGGCGAACCACGGCGGCCCUGUCUCCUGCGGCUUCGACCCACUCGACACCGCAGCAGGCGCGGGCACCACCACUACCAGUGCCGCCGCUCACGUGGUCACAGGCGGCGGCGCCCAUCAAUACAACACGCUUGAGGACUUGCUCCUGAACUCGGGGGCCGGCGGCGCGCUGGCGACGUCGGUCCUGGCGGUCACGCUCGGCCGUAACCUGGACGUUGCUCGCAGCCUUUCCAUCCAUCGCCUCAACCUGCCGGCCUCAGCCAUCGCCGCGCCGAGGUCGGGAAUCAUGGCGCGUAGGGACUUGGGCGCAGUGGCGCCCCCCGCCGCCAACGGAAUGGGUGGCGGGGUGGCGUCAGCGGCGGCCGGCGGCAAGAUGUGCAUUGGCCUCGGGCCGGGUGUGGGAUCAGGUGCGCCGCUUCGGCAGCUGUCGAUGAUGGAUUGUCGGCCGCCGGGCUCCAGCGGACUGGCGGCGGGGCCGGCGAUUGGGCCCUAUCGCCCGCUGCGGCCGCAGCGCUCCUCUUCUUCUUCCACUGCUGCCGGUGUUUAUGGAGGGCGGCCUCAGUGCUUUGACAGGCCGCCGCCCGCGGACCUUCAGCAGCAGCACCAGCAGCCACUACUGCACGCGUCGCAGCGGCUGCUGUCGCGCCGGUCACUGUGCGUGGUGUCGGCUUACGGUGCGGAUGCCCGCCCCACCGGCGGCGGCACUGUCGCCUCUCAGUCCUACGUCACCGUCGGCGGGCCACCACCACCGCCAGUGCACCUCCACGACCAGCAGCUGCAACAGCACCCACACCAACACCGCGUCCCCACCUCUUGGCACUCUGGGCUGAGUCCAGUCGGCGGCGGCGGCAGCAGCACAACGCGGUUAUUGCCGCGGUCCGGCUCCCUUGCACCGCUGUCGCACACACCUGCGCCGCACGUGCCGCAGCCCAGUCGGCGCGCCGAGUCUGCGGCCUGCCUCGUGCGCACCUUCACGGCUGCGCGGCAGCUGCAGCUGCAGCAGCAGCGGCAGCAUCCACUUCCCAUUGACCUGAACUCAGCGCUGCAGGUGCAGUGGGAUGGGGCUACAGCGGUUGCGGCUGCGAGUUCUCCAACAGCUACCGCUGCCGCUAGCAACACACAUGCAAGUGCUGCAAUGACAGGGCCGCUUUUGUCGCCAACCGCUGCUGCAAGCCCCACACCAGCCAGUGCUGCUGCUGGCGUCGUCGUCGCACAGCUCGCUCCGGAUCAUCAACAGCAUCCAGCAGCAGUGGGCUCGGGCCGCGAUGUCGGUGGCAACUUCCACACACUCACAUGUGAGAUGCUGGGUGACGGUACGGCCGAGCUGGGUGGGGACGAGGAGGAAGGCGGACGCACACGUGCCGCCGGCGGGCUGAUGACAACCACGGAGGACCACGGCUCGCUAGGCCUGAGCCUGUUGACGGCAUCGGGCGCAGCGGAGAAAGACCGCUGCUAUGCAAGCGAUGGCACUUCCGACCUCGCCACGGCAUCUUCAGCCCUCUGUGACAGUCGGACGUCGCGACCCGCAGCACCAGCAGCACCAGCAGCACGCUCUUCAAUGGCGGCGGCGGGGCCGCAGCAACAGGCCCUGGAGUCUUUACAGAGCCAACACACGUCCGCAUCGCCCCUGCGGCCCGCCGCGCUAUCAGACGGCUGGCGACCAGCAGUGGCAGCCGCAGCGGAGCGUGCCGCAGGCAGCAGCGGCGCCGCCACCGUCAUUGCGGCCGCCUCAGCGGCCCUGGCACUCGCGCGCAACAGUUGCAGCGGUAUUGCGGGCUGUGGGAGCAGUGCGGAGAUGCGUACGCUACUGCUAGACAGCGGAGGUGCGGCUGCGGGCACUGAUGGCACUGAUGGCAUCGGCGGGGGCGCCGCUGCGGCGGUGCCGACAGCAUCGGCCGAGGGCGGCGGCUCACUGACAGCAGCGCGGCGGCUUUGCCGCCUUGCCGACAGCCCUACAAAACGCCCGCCAGCCGCUGCGGCUGCUGGUUUUGCUGGAGUUGUAGCUAGUACGUCAGAGGGCUCAAUGCAGCAGCACUCGCCAUUGCUGCUCAAGUCCUCGCAUUCCUUUCCACAGCCGCAGCAGCAGCCGCAGCCUGUUGGGCUUCAGCAGCCACGGCAGUUGUCGUCGCCACCAGAUGUGCGGACGCAAUCGCAGCAACAGCAACAGCAGCACCAAACGAGGCAGCCACAACCUUCACAGCCGCUUAUGCUGCCGCUGCCGCCUUUGCCGCCACCAGUGGCGCAAGCGUGGCCCGCCGGGGAGUUGCAGCCCCAAUUGCUUACAGGGCAGCAGCAGCAGCAGCCGUACCCGGCGGCGGCGAGGCGGCCAGGCGUCGACUCUGUCUCCCCCGUAAGCGGCCUGGAGCGACGGCGUGGCCUACAGCGCAUGGCAAGCAACAAAAUUACUGGCAUCCUACCUAGUGGCACGCGUGUGUGCAUCGCUGACGGCGUCUUGCUAAGUGAUGCGGCGGCGGCUGCAGGCGCGGCGGCAGCUCGACGAGGCAGCACUGCCGCCUCAUCAGUCACCACAGCUGCCGACUGCUGCACGCAGCCCGGCUCCAACACGGCGUCUCGAACGUCUGCUGGUGGCUUCUCGCACAUCAGCAGCCUUGACGGCGUGUCGCCGCUGCUCCGACACGACGACUCGGUGCUGACCGACGAAGCCGCUGCUGGUGAGCGGGCGUUGCAAAGCCGCAGCUUGCCAGCCACUGAGUACGACGGUUGCAGCAGCCAGCAGCGGCAGCCGCAUCCACAGCAGGCGCAGCAGCUGCGUCCUCAGGAGCGCCUACCUAACCAUGUGACCACAGCAGCUGCUGCAGCGGCGGCUGCCGUGGCCACAACCGACGCGCUGCCUUCGCCCUUCACUUCGUCCUUGGGCGUCAGCUCGGCCCUUGCGCCAGCAGAGCAGCAGCAGCAGCAACAGCCGCAACAACAGCGUGUGAUGAACAUGUCAGAUCUGCGCGCCAAUAGGUGGCGAGACGGCGAGAGCCCCGCCAAUCGCGAUGUCGAAAUUGGCGCAACUGAUGCAAACUGGCACCAGCGACAACAGCAAAAGGAGCAGAACGCACGCUGUGGCGACACAGAUGGUGGCGAGGCGGCGAGGCAGGCGGGGGCCCUGGUCUGUCCACCAUCUAGCAGCUCAUCAUCCGGCAUGGCUGCUGGCGGAUCUCGGCAGCAGAUGGCAGCAGGUGGCAGCAGCGGGGCGUUCCAAGUUGGCGCCAGCGGCUGGGUGGCGGCGGGCGGCAGCAGCAGGACGACGCAGCAGGAGCUAUCGCUGACGCUGCGCUCGGGCGAAGCCGCACGGCACGUGCUCGACACGACCGGAACCAGCGGAGGCUUCUCGGCUGCUGCCGCCGCCGCCGCCGCUGCUUUCGGUGUCGGCAGUAGCGCCGCGUACCCACCUGCAGCAGCCCCAAUGCCUGUGAGUGCGCGAAGCAUGAAUGCCGGCGGUGACAGGGCCACAGCCGAUUCCGCCCGCAAGCUCCAGAGCGGCUGCGACGGCAGCAGCAACGAGAGCCCUCACGUUGAGCUGGGUUGCAACGACGGCAGCACCACCGCCCCGGCGGCAGCAGCCGCGGCUGCGGCCGGCGUGACUGCCACGCAGCCGGGCGGCAGCGGCGGCGAGGCUGGCGGCCUGCGUGGCAGUAGCGCCGUGGUCAGCAGCAGCGCCGGCGCCACUGCUGCUUGCGCCCUGGGCGUGAUCGUAGAUGUGCCACGUGGCAUCCCUGCGGCUAACAUCGCUGGUGCCAGCGGCGUCUGUGGCACCGUAGACAGCAGUACGGGCGACCUCCUAUGCACUGCCCUCACCUCGGCAGCCGCUGCUACCACACACACCGCUGCCAAUGUGGUGACGGUGGCUGGCGCAAGCAAUGGCGGAGACUUCGCCGUCGGUGCAGAGAUUGAAAGCCCGAUGCACACGUCGCUGCUUGACACACUCGGCGUGAUGCAGAAUGUCACUGCCUCAGGCAUGACCGACACGCGGGUGCACGACGGCCCGCAGCCGGAUGCGGACAGCGGCACAAAGUGGGGCAGCGGCGGCAUUUGUGGCGGCGGUGGCGGCGGCGGGCUCGCCUUCGCCCGGGGGAGCCUCACGCUGAUACCCGGCCACGCCGGCGGCUCGUGCAGCCCCGCUCCGGCCGGCACCGGAGCGGAAGGGCCGAUGCCGGAGUGCCUGCUGCUGUCGCCCUUCAUCGGCAUGCCUCGACCCUCUGGCGCCGGGCUGGCGCUUGCGGGCGCUUCCUGCUCCGGCGCGAGUCCAGGGUCAGCUGAUUCAGCAGCAGCAGCAGUAGCAGCAGGCGGGCAGCAGGACUCGGCUGCUGCCACAGUUGGCGCCUGGCCGUCACUGCAGCAGCAGGGCAGCAGCAGCCCUUGGGGCUCGCAGCCGCCCGUGCCUCCGGCGACGAUCUCGCGUGGGGCCGACAGCAGCGGCAGCUUGGCCGCGGCAGGGCCGCCGCCGUCGCAGCAGCUGGCGCGAGGGGCGCCCCGAGCGGCAGCAGCUGCUGGCCACAGGGCGGAGCGGCCAGUUGCGCCGCUUUUGAUGAGGAUAGGCAGCAGCGCUGGCCCGGUGGCGGCGACGGGCGGGAGCGUAGGGCUGCCUGCUCUGCAGCCCGCGGCGGGCGCACAGCAAAACUAUCACCAGCAACAACAACAAUUCCGACAGCGGCUUGCACAGCAGCCCUCAUCACAACAGCAGCAGCAGCGAUUGCUGCAGCAGGCUCUGCAGCAGGCUCUCAACCAGCGGCGCCAGCAUCGCGGGCACGGCCUUUCCUCUCAGCAGCACGCUUCCACUUCACUGCCGCUCCCUCUCGCCGCCUUCGGCUCCACUUCUGCCUCCGCCGCCCUGCUGGGUGUUGGUGCAUUCGGCAGCACCGCCGGCGCCACGGCGGCGCUGGGGACGGCGCCGCCGACCUACCACCGCAUCACCGCCACUCGCUGCGUGGACCCAGGAAGUGGGCGGGAGUGUGUGGUGGUGGUGCAGGACGACGUCAGCGCCAAGGUAGCGGUGGAGCGACACCUGGCGCUGCACUUUGAGACGGAGCACAGGCUGUUGGAGCAAAUCUUUCCCAAACACAUCCUUCGCGCGCUCACGGAUGAAGCCGUCAUGGCUCAGGAGGAGAAAGAGCGGCUGGUCGCCGCACUGGCGGCCGCGCAGGGCGCCGACGUCCACCACAUGUCCAUGGCACUGGCGACGGCGCUGUCGCCCCGCGCCGGCGCCGGCGCGGGGGCCAGCGGCCGCCGCGGCGGCAGCUUGGUGUCAGCUGGCGCGGCGGCCGCUGUGGCGGCUCUCCGCCGCAUGCACCAGCACUACAAUAACAACAACAACAUGAACAUAAGCAAUGGCGCUAGCAUGCAUGGUGGCGAGCACAGCGCUCACGGUGGCGGUUCGGCUGUAAUGGCGGCGACGGCGCAGGGCUCGCCUGUCGCGUCAACGCCGUUGCCGGUGCUGUCUGCAAGUGGGCUGUCGGCGCGUGCGGCGAGCGUGUCGGAGCGUCUGUCGGCGGGCUUGGCUGGCAGUGCGCGGCGGCACGGCAGCGUCAGUGGCGGCAUGUGGCUGCGACCGGCAGUGCGGGAGGGCUGCAACGCUCUGGCCACCUUCCACCCGCGCGUCACGCUGCUGUUUGCUGACGUCAAGGGCUUCACGCCCAUGUGCCGGCAGGUGGAGCCACACACGGUGAUGACGAUGCUCAACGAUCUUUUCAGUCGUUUCGACUCGCAGCUUGACAAGUACGGUGUUCGUAAGGUGGAGACGAUUGGCGACGCGUACUUUGUCGCCGGCGGCUUGACCUUCGAAGACUCGCUAUCGGAGCAGGCCGACCUCCAGCAGGCGGCAGCAGACGUAGGCGAGGAGGACGGCCCAAUUGCGGCGGCGGCGGCGAACCUGCAUGCGCGCACACACAGCAACGGACUGCGCAGGCGGGUGGACGGUCUGGAGGAGAGCCGCCGACAUGCGACGCAGGUCAUUGGCUUUGCCAAGGCAUUGCUGGAGGCGGCGCGCCAGGUGCCCAUGCCCACGAGUGGCGAGCCGGUGCAGAUCCGCGUGGGCGUCCACACGGGGCCCUGUGUCAGCGGCGUGGUUGGGAGCAAGAUGCCGCGCUUCUGCCUUUUCGGCGCCGCAGUGGCGACGGCUGCCCGCAUGGAGAGCAGCGGCGAGGCCGGUGCGGUGCACGUGAGCGAGACGACCUACGGGCUGCUGCCCGAGGGGGAGCAGCAGUCGGGCGAGUGGGUGCCGCGACCGGGCGGUGUGCAGGUGCGUGACACGCCCCUCCAGAGCUUCCUGUGGCGCCCGUUGCGGCGGGCGUGAGGAAAACGAGGCGGCCAGGGGCGCAACAGGAGAUAGUCAGAAAAACCGCCAUAUUCCGUGGAGCCUGCAACAGCUAGCAUCGGCGCGGCUGGGCACAAGUUACAUUCACGACUGGUGCAUGUGGCCUGCCCGCAAGGUUGAAAUAAAUGCGUUAGUGAGCAGAGCAUGAUGAAGGCUGCCGUUUCGUGAUGCGCCAUCCAAGGGAAGUAUGCAGGAUUGCAAAGCAUGAGGUAGGUUGUACAGGCAAAUUAUGCAUGCAUGGGUGUGCAUGCCCUUUGCAUGAGCAUCGGAUGCAUCCCGAACGGUUGAGCACACUUCAUUGCGAAUGUAUUGCUAGCGUGCUGCGGUUCUACGGCCUUGAUAUUGAAGUGACGAGUAUGUGUGCUCCCUGCGGCAACCCAACACGUGCCGGGUGUUGUCGAUCUUAAGGGGUAGCGGAGCAAAAGUGCUAUCCUGUCCACAUGGAUACCUCAGUGGUGCAGACGGUGGAAGCGGUGUUUACCCUGUACUAGCAAUUAGUUUCAUUGCCGGCUGCUGCUGCCAGUUCAACUGGAUGUGGCCGUGCUUCAGCUGAUGCACCUGGUGACCUCGUGCCGCCACGGCUCCACCCUGUCCCCCCAUGGUGUCUGGACUUGCGAAUAUUGAUUUGGAAUGGGGCAUCCACGUAUGCUGCUGGGACCUCGUGCUUGGAGACCUUCAAAGGUGCAGCCGGGGAAAAUAACCGUGUAGUUCCUUGCUUGGGGGCAUGCAUCAGGAAGCACGAGAGAAGGAGGGGUGCAUGGAAUUUUCUUGGAUUUCCUUGAGCAUUUCCGCAUGUGCAUCCUGCCCGCAAUUAUGGCUGGCCACGUUGCAAGUAAGCUGGUGUGAUGGUGCACGGGAACAUACAUUAAAUCUGUCGAUUCCUUCAUUUGGAGGCAUUCCAAGCGUGCCAGUGCACGGUCUGUGGUAAAUCGGAGCAUAGGAUUAAUGUGGAUGGAGCGGGUGUAGGUUCAAUGAUGUGUACUGGCUCAGUCUGGAAUCAAAAUUGCGUGAGGCUCAAUCAAUGUCAAUGCGUAGGUAGUACAAAAGGCGGUCAGCAUGAAGGGCAUGGGCAAUACGCGGCACAUACCGUAUUGCGCAGGAGGGUGUUUGACUACUGCUCUAGCCACGCGCGAGCAGAGUUUGUCGUUUCCUGCUGAGACCAACCUCCUCGAGGCCACGGGUUGGCAAACCUAAGGUAGGUAUAUGGGACAUGAAAAAGGCAAAGCAAGUGCCUAAGGUAGGUGCGUUGUACGCCUUGGGUUAGUCUAUGAGAACAGGUGUGUCGUCUUGUGAUUGCCUUAGCAGUUGGGCUCAGGCGCACAGAGAUCAGGAGCCGUUCGUGGCCUACACGUAAGAACUCUUGUGGCCCGCAACCAUAUUGCGUGGCCCACACCUGGAAUCCGGAAGUUGUACGAAGUUGCUUGCCUUGACAGCGCUUGCGCAAGUGUAGAUGACAGGAUUGGCCAGAACCACAC